UUGACGCGUUCAGACCGAGGAAGUGGAUGAUGUGUAUAUUUUGUACACAAGUGAGAAACAACAAGUGAUUAUCUGAACUAACUUACGGCAUCCAGCUUUGACUGAGCGUCACAGGCGGCAGGUACACUGGGACGCUUUAUAGAGCUGUUAACCCGGGCUAAACCCGGGCUGUCUGAGCUGAAUUCCGUUGGAGAAGCCUCUUAAGUUUUCCGGCUAUCGUAUUGGCAGCUCCCUCCUUACUGAUAGCCGCCCUCCGGCUCUUCUAGCUGGCGUUGGUUUGACACAUGGGAGGCUGUGUCACCGGAGAAUGGAGGAUUUAACCUGGAGUCAUAAUGUCUGCUUUGACGGCGUGGCGCUACACCAGCGGCCGUGUCCUCGGCGGCUGGGGCCCGCUGCUGUGUGUUCUCCUGGGCUCUCUGGUGGCUCUCCUGAUGCCCAUGGUUGGCGUGGAGGACCAGUGCUGCAACGGCCUGAAGGGUAUCGCUCAGCUCCGCUGCCAGCUGUGGGGAAGUCCUCCUCCGCCUCCGGCUGUUCAGUCCACCAGCCUCACUGUCGCCUUCACUGCCCUGGAUGUACUUCCUCAGAGGUCCAAGCCCAGCAAAGAGAUGGAGCUGGAGGCUAAAGCAGCUCUGCUGCAGGCUCAGGAGAUGAAGAAACUGGGGAAGAGGGAGAAGGCUCACAAGCUGCUGGUGCACGCGCUGAGUAUGAACCCUGACUUUGUAGACGCUCUGACCGAGCUUGGGACCAUUUUGGAGGAGGAGAAGGAUGUUGUCCAGGCAGAUCACCUCUACACCAAGGCCUUGGCCAUCUCUCCCUGUAAUGAGCGGGCUUUAGUGAGCCGAGAUCGAACUCUGCCCUUGGUUGAAGAAAUUGACCAGCGUUACUUUAGCAUCAUCGACAGUAAAGUGCGAAGGCUCAUGUCCAUUCCUAAAGGCAACUCUGCACUUCGCAGAGUGAUGGAGGAAACCUACUAUCAUCACAUCUACCACACGGUGGCCAUUGAGGGCAGCACGCUCACACUGUCUGAGAUCCGUCACAUUAUCGAGACGCGUUACGCCGUGCCUGGGAAAAGCCUGCAGGAACAGAACGAGGCCAUUGGCGUAGAUGCCGCAAUGAAGUACAUCAACACCACGCUGUUGUCCAGAUCAGCCGCCGUCACCAUCAGUGACAUCCUGGAGAUUCACCGCCGCGUGCUCGGCUAUGUGGAUCCUGUGGAAGGAGGGAGACUGCGUACCAGCCAGGUUUUUGUGGGCCACCACAUCCCACCCCACCCUCAAGACCUGCAGAGACACAUGCAGGAGCUGGUGCAGUGGCUCAACUCUGACGAGGCCUUGCAGCUCCACCCUGUGGAGUGUGCAGCUCUUGCCCACUACAAACUGGUGUAUGUGCACCCAUUUAUAGACGGCAACGGACGGACCUCGCGUCUGCUCAUGAACCUUGUGCUCAUGCGUGCGCGAUACCCGCCGAUUACGAUUCGCAAAGAACAAAGGGCUGAAUAUUACGGAGCUCUGGACACGGCCAAUGAGGGCGACGUACGGCCUUUUAUUCGCUUUAUAGCCAAAUGUACAGAAAUAACAUUGGACACAUUAUUGAUUUCUACGACGGAGCACGCUGUGGGGCUGCCGGAAGCCGGACAGGACCAGGCCUGUCUGGACUGCAAACAGACCAUUCCAAUCCACAACUGAGCAAGAAAACGUGUGAAUCACAUGCAGACAUGGAUGUGGAUUAAUGUUACACCUCUUUAAAAACUAACUCACUGCUGAAAUUCUUUUUAGAGCAUGCUUGACUUUUUUUGCUUUCAUGUCCAAGGAAAUUUUGAUUUUAUUUGAAGUCAUUUUGAUUGCCAUCAGAAUCCAGUUUGAAGUUGUGCCUGUUGACAAAGGGAGGAUGAAGCAGUUGUCUUUAUUUGGGACAUUUAUGGGUGACUUCCAGUGGAUAUGUUUCUGUGUUAACUUUAAGUUCAUUAUCUUAAGAGUUGAUGUCUGACACUGUAAAGCACUUUCAUGCAUUUGAUAAUUUAUUAAAUUUUAAAAUAAAAACAUGUAGUGACUUCGA